AUGGCGGAAAAAGACACUGAUCUUAGCGCAAUUGAGCUGGUGGAAGAGCAAAAGGCUCUUAUGCAGUCAAUACAAACAACUUUGCGAAACUUUAAGAAAUACUCAUCGUCACGUAAAACUGAGUCUUAUCACCAUGCACGUUUGGAGUCUUUGGCUUCAUACCGCACAGAGUUCCGUGCCAAUCAUCGUAUCUUGGUUCGCCAAUCAAAUAAUGCUGAAAUACGCAAGUCAUACGUGGACGCUGGGAUUUGUGAACAGUUUGAAGAGACAUAUCUAGACGUAGUAGUCUGCAUACGGGACUCUCUUCGAGAAAAGUGCAUCCCAGCUGCAUCGGAAGUUGGGCGAGCCCCUACUUUAAACAAUAGCACUACUAUUUUGGCGUCAAACGGAGUACCUCUACCUGAAGUUAAAUUAACCCCCUUUAGUGGCAAAUAUAUCGAUUGGCCAGGGUUCAAAGAAAUAUUUUUGGAUCGAGUUCACCAAAAUAAGAGUUUGAACAAUCUGCAACGUUUUCAUUACCUCAAAUCCGCUCUUACCGACAUUGCAGCACAAGACAUAGAGCACGUCAGUCUUAUUGGAGAGAACUAUGAAGAAGCAUGGGAAAUGUUGUGUAAACAGUACGAUAAUAAGCGUAUAUUGUUCAUCCAUUACAUGGAUGUCUUGGAUCAGCAGUCAGAUGAGAUUAGAGAAAAUGCUGCGUCGUUAAAGCAUUUUACUCAAACGUGCAGAUCUUGUGUAAAUUCAAUCGCGAAGCUGGGAAUAAACGUAAUGGAGCAAAAUCAAAUUCUUGUAUAUUAUAUGGUGAAGAAGCUGCCGAACUCAUUGCGCACCGAGUGGGAUCGCUCGUUAAGAAAACAAACUAGUAUUCCAACCUUUUCUGAAUUGUGUUCGCUUCUAGAUGAGCAGUACCUCAUGAUGGUCACAUCAUCACGAACAGGCGCAAAGCAAGCGCAGUCUAUUACCUCUUCUCAGCGUAAAGUAGAAGGUUUGGCACCGUACGGCAAGAAGCAAGUUAAGUCAAUGCAUGUCGCGAAGAAGACUGUUGUUUGUCCCAUAUGCGAAAAAUCGGAUCAUCCAGUAAGGGAAUGCGCGAAAUUCCUAGAAAUGAACGUCGUCGAUAAAAGAGCUGCCGUGGAAAGGUAUAAACUUUGUUUUAAUUGUCUUGGAUAUAAUCAUCCGUCCGCAAAAUGCAGUAGCCGUCGUAAUUGUGGGACAUGUGGUGGCCGGCAUCAUACCCUGAUCCAUGUAGAACGAGAAGUGUCAGCAUCUGCACCUACCGCCACAGUUCCCACAGCAGUAGCCGCUUUACAUGUGGCUGCCACACCGGAGAUGAGUGAUAUUCCCAGCCAACCAAUCCCUCGAAUGAGAUUUGAUGUGUUAUUACCUACUGCGGUUAUUUGCAUAAAAUCAGCUACCGGUCAGCCUUGUGAUUUCAGAGCGCUAAUGGAUCAAGGGUCCCAGGCUACAUUUCUGUCGGAAAGAGCAGUACAGGUUCUCGGUCUUCCUUGUGAGAAGGCCCAUAUCGAAGUGAUCGGAUUAUCAGGAAGCAAAGUGACCAAAGGCCGUUUCUGCGUGCACAUAACAAUAGGUUCCAGAAUAGACUCCCAAAUACAGUAUCAAACUGUGGCUUACGUUUUACCCAAGGUUGGUGGUGUACUACCAUCGCGAAAUCUGGUGACUAAUUUUGAUCAUUUGGAUGGCAUACGUCUCGCUGACCCAAGGUACUUCGAGCCGCAACCCGUAGAUGUGCUCUUAGGAAACGACAUUUAUGAUGAGUGCAUCUUAAGUGAUGUUCGUCGGGCAGGCAGUGGAUUCCCUAUAGCGCAAGAGACCACGUUUGGUUAUAUCAUAUCGGGAAAAAAUGCCACGGGCUCGCAAUCUCCGAAAAGUGUAUCAUUUUCGUCUACGAAUACGGAAAUGGAGGUCGACAGUUUAUUAAGGAAGUUCUGGGAGCUAGAGGAGAUGGGUGAAUCACGCGCCCUUACUACUGAAGAUAAUUGGUGUGAGGUCCUAUAUCAAAGCACUCACAAAAGACUGCAAAGCGGGAAGUACGUUGUUCGUUUGCCGCUGAUGUCUGAAAUUGAUACCUCAUGCUUUAUCGGGAAAUCCAGAAGCUCAGCGCUCAAACGUUUUCUCCAUUUGGAAGGUCGGUUAUCGAAAGAUGCUGAUUUAAGCAAAAUUUAUAUCGAUACGAUUAACGAAUAUUUGCGACUGAAGCAAAUGAAACCGGUGAGAUAUACUGAAGACCAACAUUGUUCAACGGGUGGCGCAGGUGAGGAUCGUUUUACAUGUUGUUAUCUCCCUCAUCAUCCGGUAGUAAAGAUGGAUGCAGCAAGUACGAAAGUCCGAAUCGUGUUCGAUGCCUCUAUGAAAACCACUAACGGGAAAUCAUUAAAUGACAUCCUAGCAACGGGUCCGGCACUUCAGCAGGAUUUGUCCGCGAUCCUUUCAAAUUGGCGUACUAUGAAAUAUGUAUUCAUAGCAGACAUAGAGAAAAUGUUUCGGUGUAUCGACGUUAAUGAAGAAGAUGCGCAGUACCAACGCAUUUUAUGGCGAGAAAGACCAGGUGAACCGAUUCAGGAAUAUUAUUGCUCGACAGUGAUGUUUGGGACCGCAUCCGCACCAUAUACGGCAAUUCGUACAAUAAAUCAACUGGCUCAGGACGAAGCGGAACGUUUUCCUUUGGCGGCUAAGGUACUUAAGCAACAAAUGUAUGUCGAUGACAUACUUUCCGGUGGAGACUCUUUAGAACUUGCGUUGCGUGUACGAGACGAAACAAUAUCGACUUUGCGAACUGCUACCUUUGAACUACGCAAGUGGGCGAGUAAUCAUCCAACUCUGCUGAGUGGCAUACCGGCGGAGCACAGGCAGUCAAAAAGUAAGAUGCAAUUCAAACCGACAGAUCCAAUUAAGGCAUUGGGACUAUACUGGGACCCCAUUACCGACGAAAUCGAAUUUAAGGCUAAUUUCCAGUUUGAGACUGAAAAUCCAACCAAGCGCACCGUCUUGUCUAACAUCGCCCGCUUAUUUGACCCACUCGGUUGGUUGAAUCCGGUCAUUAUAUCAGCGAAGCUUAUCUUGCAGGAGUUGUAG